AGGUGCAGCACCACCCGGGGGACGAGUUCAUGAAGGACGCCCUCGCGUCGACCUUCCGGCAGGUGGCCCGGGCGAGGCCCGAGACUCUCGUGGACAUCCUGUGGGCGUGCGCGAAGCUCGACCACAACCCGGGAAAGGUGUUCAUACAGGUUGUCACGGAGAAGACCGCGCGGUCCCUCCCAAUGCUGGGCACUUACAUGCUGGGCCAGCUGUUAUGGUCGUUUGCCAAGAUGAACCACCAUCCUGGCGUGCACUUCAUGUCCGAGUUCGUCGCAGCUCUAUCUCGCAGCGAGGGGAUCAACGAGAUGCGGGCGGGACAGGUCACGACAGUCAUGUGGGCCUUCGCGAGGCUGGACCACAGGCCUCCCGUCAGCCUCUCGGAGGCGCUGCUGCGGCAGGCCGAGGAGCGGACGGACGACAUAGAGGCCCACGAAUUGGCCAGCCUGCUGUGGUCCUGCAGCAGGAUGGACCUAAGGCUGCCGGACCCGCUGCUGCAGGCGCUGCCCACGAAGCCGUCCCGGGACCUGGCCAGCUUCGGGCCGCGGGGUCUGGCGUACGUGCUGUGGCUCUACGGCAAGCUUGGCGCCCACCCGGGCGAGGACUUUGUCGAGCGGGCCAUAGCCAGGAUGGGCCGCACUGUGCCGGCCUUCUCCUACAUAGAUGCCAAGGACCUCGCGAACCUGCUGUGGGCCUGCGUGAAGCUGGACCACCUGCCAGGGGAGGGGUACCUGCGGGCCCUGGACGCCGCGAUCCUCAACAGAAUGGAGGAGUCGACGCCAGCGCAGCUGGCCACCUACCUCUGGGGCUUCUCGGAGUUGGGCCACGUGCCCAGCCAGGAGUUCCAGGAGGCGUGGCUGAGGCGGGCCGGCGAGACCCUCGCCGACUUCGGCGAAGCGGAGCGCGCCACGAGCAGGUCGGCCGCCCGCCGCGUCGGCGCCCGCGGCGUGGACGGGCUGCUUGGCCCCUGGGCCCCCUCGCCAGAGGUGGCCGUCUGACAGAGUUCCCUGUCGCUGCUUUUUCCCGGAGAGCCAUUUUUUGCCUUCCUGCUCCUCCUCCGCUGCGAGCG